CUUUUAUGGGUUAUUAGAUCUAGCUAUUCUUGAUUUCUUUUGUUGGGUUUUCGAAUAAACUAUAUAUGCUUGAUGUUAAUAGCUUCUAAGAAUGCCCUUUUCUCCUCAAGGUUUGGUCUUCAAUUUGCUUCACCUCAUUUUUAAUUUUCCUGCCUGAUUUGCGGAUGAUUGGCAAAAGAGAAACAGUUCAAUCUUUCUUUCUUUUUGAAUGGAAAUUUUAAUGCAAACUGCACAUCAUAUAUGGCUAUUCCCCCCUACAGUAUAUCUUUAAUUUCAUUCUGCUUAAUUAGCUCAAUGAACUGAGUUGCUGCUAAAUUUAUCUGUUCCUUUCUUGAUUUCUUCAGAUUUAUGAACAUCCAGAACUUGCUUAUAUUAUUGGUUCACCAAAUUCAUAAGCUUUGUUUUUGAAUAAGCAUAUGGUUUUGAGUUCCAAUUUCAUUAUUCUUAAUGGAUAGGGAGGAUGCCAUACUUGUACGAAUUCUAAGUUUGGCUGACAGUAAUCUAGGAGUCUUUUUGAGUGUGUGCUUGAUGCUUAUGGAAAACUGUGGCGGCGUGAAUUGGGUGCUUUCCAAUUACUACGAAAAAACAUAUUCAAGGCUGAUGAAAUGUGUUUAAUUUAGAGGGUGAAGCCUAAUCUUUGGUCCGUUACAAGAAUAUAUAUAUAUAUGUGGAGAAAAAUGACCACCGACACGCCUAUAUAUCGAUUAGUUAGAUGUCCUAAAUGUCGACUGCUUCUACCGGAGUUGUCUGACCUUCCUUUAUACAAGUGUGGUGGUUGUGAGAUUGUUCUCCAAGCCAAAAGACGAAAGGAUGCUGGUAAAAGCGCAAACUCUAACUUACGUGAAACAGAUGCUGCUCAGAUGAAUAGUUUGGAUCAAGAUUCCGAGGAUAAUGAUAAGAGGGAAUGUUCCUUGGAUCAUAAUGAUAAGAGGGAUUGCAGCAUAUCUGGGGACUGUGAUAAUGAGCUGCUUGGAAGUGUAAACUUGUCAAAUGAAGACCAAAAGGAUGAUUUUUUGAAGCAAAAUGACUUGAAGGGUUGUAGCUUAUCUGGGGACUCUGAUAAUGAGCAGCUUGGAGGCUUAAACUUGUCAAAUGAAGACCAGAACGAUGAGCAAAAUGACCGGAAGGAUUUCGGUUUAUCUGGGCCCUGUGAUAAUGAGCAGCUUAGAGGUGUAGACUUGUCCGAUGAAGAUCAAAACGAUGGUUCUUUGGAGCAAAAUGACCAGAAGGGUUUCGGUUUAUCUGGGGCCUGUGAUAAUGAGCAGCUUAGAGGUGUAGACUUGUCAGAUGAAGACCACAGUUAUGAGAUGCAUCCCGAGGAAGUUUGUUCACCAGCGGACCUUUCUCCUCGUCUGAAUAAAGAGUUGUCACCAUUGGCAGAAUCAAAUACGGAAGUUGAUGUCAAUGAUGAGAACUCAGAAUCAGAUGUAGAAAGCAAUGAUGAGAGUACUAUCAAAAGGUCAAGCACCAUUUAUGGGACAGCAAGAGAGAGCAUUUCAUCUGAUAUGCUUGUAUCUUCGCCUACUGAACAAAUGGAGCAUUCCCAGGAAGACAUUGCCAAUGCUUUUGGUCGUGUUAGUUCCACAGAUACCUUGGAAGCUACAGAUUUUAUCAAUCCCAGUUCAGAGCUUAGUGGUAAGCUCAUAGAUUUGUCUAAAUCCCCAACAACCAGAAGCUAUCAUGCUUAUUAUGAUGGCAGCUCAUUUGACGGGAUGGAUGAUCAACCCCCAAACCACUACAGGCAUUCAUUUGAUCUUCAUAGACAUCCUCUUAAAAAUUCUUACGAGGUACCAAAUCGCGAUGUUCCUGAGGAGACGCCUAGAAGAAACAAAUUCCUAGCAAAUGGUGAUGCUGAGAUGCAACAUCAAGCGAGAAAAUUUUUAUCAAGAUUGUCAGAUAAGAUGCAUAAGUGGAAUCAAGAUGAAUUGCAGAAACCGAAACCGAUAGGGCUUGGCUAUCCAGGUGGAAACUGGAGAUCGGAGAGAGAUGAAAAUCCAUUUCGGUUGCCUCCAUAUCAAAGGGGCUUACCAAUUGGCUCUGAAAGUGUCGGCCCUUCCAAUCAAUUUCGUGGCAGCUCUUCCAAUCAAUUACACGAUGAGUUCCAUAGGGAUCCGAGUACUCAUUUGCAUAAUAAACAUGAGCACACUGAACAGGAAAAGAGGAAGCUAUUGAGAAUGGUUAAUGAACUACAGGAUCAACUUAACAGAGCAUACGAUCUGAAUGAAGGGACACAAGGAGUAGAUUCUGCAGGCAUUGCUCGGGAGAAUCAUAUGCCCAUGUACUAUGAUCACAAGGCCCCGGAGGAACAGAGUUUUUAUAACUUAAACUAUCCUAUGUUUCCUGGAAGAUUCAGGCAGGAAAGAAACUGGUCCCAGCAGAGUAAAUUCUUACGUAAACCUUUCUCAGGUGAGGCAACAUAUGGUAGACGCCGCAUGGAUUCCUGUUCCUGUCCAUCAGACUCUCAGAACUCAGCUCAGUUGCCUCCAUUUGGCCCUUUUCAUAAUAAAGGGCAUUGCAGGAUCCAUCCUAGCCAAAAUUUCCACCCUUCCUAUGCCUCUUGUCCCUUAAGUCCCCAACAGCACUUGUACUCUGAGUCUCCAUUACACAGUCGUGAAACAAAAUCUGAUGACCAGAGGCAUAAAGACCAUGGGGUUAAACGGUACCUAAGGGAGAAGCAGCACUCAGGAAAGAAACUUCUCCGACCCAUAGCUGAUGCAGCUCCUCUCAUAACUUGUCAUAGUUGCUUGAAACUGCUGCAGCUCCCUGCUGAUUUCCUCGUCUUUAGAAGGAGAUGCCACCGUCUUAAGUGUGGUUCUUGUUCCGAGGUAAUUAAGUUUUCCGUUAAAAAUGGAACUCAUUUGGUUCCAUAUUCACCAAACUUUAAAGACCCGCCACCAAGUGAGAUUGACGCGUAUAGUGAUAGUGAUAGGAGAAAUUUGGCGUCAGCAUCUCAUCCCAGUGAAUCUCCAAAGGUGCGUCCAGUGUCAUGCUCUGAUGAUUACUGUUUCUCUAAAAGCUGCUCCUCAGAUGUAGAUCCUGCUUCUUUCACACCAUUGCAUCCUGUACCAGGCAAUGCAGGUGACAGAAAAAUUCCUAGUGAUUCUUUGAAGAGUAAGCAAGAGAGGAAGAACCGAAGAAGUCUUUUUUCGAAAGAGACUGAAAACAAAAAUAAGAAUCCUGUAGAAGGAUGCAUGUCAACUGAGCCCUCUGCUAGUACUUGGAAAGCUAGGAGAAUGUCCUCUGAGAUUGAGGAGCUUCCACCAAGAUCGGUUUCUCCACUUCAUCGACUCAUGGGUUAUUCCUCCCCAACUGAAUUGAUCAAGGGACCAGGACCAGCCAGCUCUAGGAGAAGCUGAUAAGAAAGCAUGCAUGCAUGCAUGUCUAUUAGCAGCGUGGGACAUCUCCUCAUCCACGCUUAGUAUCUAUUUAUCAUUCUUAUCCACAAAGUGAAUUUUUUUUUCCCCGUCGAUUUAUAGAUGAACAGAAUUGAUUUCUUUGCUGAGGAAUAUAUAUUUGAAGUAGAAACAAAGCUUUUGAAUAUUGUAUGAUUAUGGUUAUUUGUGUAUAGCUGAUGUUGUAUAAUGAAUUAUUCAAUGUUGGAUGUAAGAAAGAGUUGGAUGUCAUCAAUAAAGUGUCGGAAUGUUGGUUUUCAA